AUGUGUACAAAACCCUGUCCGUUGCUGGAGGCGAGAGAACGAUUGUUGAGUGUCUUAACCAAGGUUAUUGGAACGCUGUUUUCUCUUUGGGGAGCCUGGAAUCUUGAUAGUCCUAAUGAGUCAUUGCCAUCAAGUAUGGCUUUAUUGGGCACAGCUAAGGUGAGAAGGACUGAAUAUAUUUGAAAUUCUGCAUUAAUAUUGAUGUGCUCAGCACAAAUCUACUGUGGUAUUGGUGACACAGUGUAAGAGGUUCUUACAGUUUCUAGUUAUCGGUAAGAAGGAUAAACAUGAUAUUGUCUGAAUAUGAAAUUUAUCAAUAGUGCCCUCUCUUCCCCCUUAAAGUUGCACACAAGUCUCAUUAUCUGGUGUUUAAAAGACUGCCACAAGUCUCAUUAUCUAGUUUUUAACGUUCUAAGACUAAAGACAUUUUCCAGAGAUUUUGAUUCUUCUUGAUUUUCAGGCGUUGCGGCAAAACAUUCUUCAAUUACUGACGCCAAUAGACCUUUCCCCUUUUGAGUGAAAUUUUUAUCUAGACAAGUCUGGACAAAAGUUUCAUCACAGCUUGAAAGAGCAUCACAAAAUUAGUAAUAUUCCGAAGUUUCGUUGCGAAAUGUUGUAAAAUGCAGAUAAAAUAGCCUUGUGAAGUUUGCCGUUUUUCAGUCAUUUUGCAUUACAAUCUAAUUUUGUGAUGCUCUUUCAAUCUGUGAUGACGGAAAUUGUUGCCCAGGCAUAUCUAGAUCAAAAUUUCACUCAUAUAAGGGGAAAGAUCUAUUGCAAUGACUCAUACCACUGUCUUCCUGGCGUCUGUCGCUGAUGUUUGGAAUACCAAGAAACUAACUGAGAAAGAUUUCGAAACUAAAUCAUAUUUUUUUUCUCGCCGUCUCUGAUGAUCAGCUUCGAGUUAUAUCCUGGGUACUGAAUAUUAAAGUAAUACACACUUACUUUAUUUAUACGUGGAUAGCUCUAUCAGUUCUAAACUGUUCUUGCUAGAGGUCCAGUAAGGAUCAUCUCUUAUUGAUCCAGUGUUACUACAGGAGGAAACCUAAACUAAACUAACUUUGUUUAUACUAGAUAGCUCUAUCAGUUCUAAACUGUUCUUCCUAGAGACCGAGUAAGGAUAAUUUUUUAUUGACCCAGUGUUACUACAGGAGGAAACCUGAACUGAACUAAUUUUGUUUAUACUGGAUAGCUCUGUCAGUUAUAAACUGUUCGAAUUCUCCCUAGCGGCCCAGUAAGGAUCAUCUCUAAUUCUCUUAUAUUGAUCCAGUGUUACUACAGGAAGAAACCUGAACUAAACUAACUUUGUUUAUACUGGAUAGCUCGGUCAGUUCUAAACUGUUCUACCUAGCGGCCCAGUAAGGAUCAUCUCUUAUCGAUCCAGUGUUACUACAGGAGGAAACAUAAACUGAACCAACUAUUUAUACUGGAUAUCGAUAGUUCUAUCAGUUCUAAACUGUUCUUUCUAGAGAUCCAGUAAGGGUUAUCUCAUAUUUUUCUAGGGUUACCACAGAAGGAAACCUUAACUCUUUCUCUCUUUUUUCUCUUUAGCUUCUUCGUCUCUUUCUAGGCAUUAUCCUUGCAUGGAAGUAAUCGAGACAGUUCGACAGAUCCUUCAUCAAGAAUUAACCCGGUCCGCGACAAAGGUUUCGGAGCAAGUCUAAUACAAUUAUCUACAACGUCGACGAUCUCCUAUGAAUCACAUUACUCAAACUAA